AUGGAAGAGAUUAACCAUUUUAGUCAUAAAAGCCAUCCAUUAAAGCUCCUUGACCCUGAGAAGAUUGUAGGUGCUAGUGUCAAUGGUGGUGAGGAGAAAUCAAGGUUGAUUGGUUGUUAUGCAUGUGAAAAACCCAUAUCAAAUGGUUUUGCAUAUGCUUGCAUCCAAUGUCGUUACUUUCUACAUAAAUCAUGUGCACAACUUCCACUCACUAUCAACGACCCUUCCUUAUAUCAUCAUCAAUUAACACUUACUGAUUUGAAAGAUCUAGAUUCCAGAUAUUGGAAAUGUGCGGUGUGUUGUAUUCGAAAGAAAUCUAGGGUGUUUUCAUAUACUUUUAAAAACGAUGAUUUAUACAUCUUUGGAGUUUGCAUUGAUUGUUGUGUUGUUAGGAUUGCUCGCAAGGCUAAAGCAAAUGCUAUCAAGGAGGAGGCAAAGAUGAAGGUUCAACACGAAGGCCAUCCACAACACACUUUAACCCUACAGUUAAGACCUGCUGCAUUCCGGUGUGAUGCUUGCAAUUCUAUGGAUGAAGGCUUAUUCUUCCAAUGUGAUAGUUGCGACUUUUGGAUCCAUAAAACUUGUGCUUCCUUAGUACCUAUCAUCCACCUACCCCAUCAUCCCGAUCACGAACUUGUUCUCCGACCUUCUAGUACUAAAAGAGAUGUCUCAACUAGUACUUCUUUUGUUGAUGAAGAUGCAGAAGAUUUGCUUGAAUUUCCCAUGUUAGAGGCAUUCAUGGAUCCAUUAAAACUGCUACAUUUGGAUAAGACAUGUAUACAUGAUGAUAAGACUGAAGAGAUUAAACAUUGGAGCCAUCAUCAUCCAUUAAUCCUUAAUAAUGUUCAUCAAUUUAACAUGUAUGGUAUGAUCUCUAGUAAUCCACUAGAGGUAUGUCACGGGUGUGUACAACCCCUCUCCCUUCCAUACUAUACUUGCAAAGAUGGAUGUUCAUUCACUUUCCAUAAAUAUUGCACCGAGUUACCACUCAAAUUACAACAUCCACUUCACUCGGAUCAUUCGCUUGACUUGAUAAACUUGUCGGGACACAGUAUAAGCUAUAAAUGCAUUGGUUGUUUUACCUUGAUGCCAACUGCGCAUUUUUACCCAAAACCAUCAAACACAAAUCCCACAAGCAUCCUCUUAUCCAUGUUAUAG